ACGGAAUUUCGUUAUGUUUCGAAAUAUGAUGAUUAUGGAAAGUGAUUGUUUAAGAAUUUAUGUAGUGAUGACAGUUGUUAUGUUCUGUUCUUCAAGUUCCCAUUUUUCGGAAUUGACCGAAGUGAUUUUUACAGUCCAUAGAGAAGAAAGUGUUUUGUCGUCACAAUAUACAGAGGAUGUAUACGCAGAGUCAUUAUCAAUGUGCGCUUUGAUAUGUUUAUUACAGGAGAAAUGUUGUGUUGCUAGUUUCUAUGAUAAACCUUCUAUUUGUCGACUUGACAAAUCGGAAAAUUGUUGUGCUGCUAUUUUAAUUGCUGUUGGAUCGAGAGCUUUGAAAAGAAACAAGUUUUUUCCACCGGAAUGCACUGAAUGUGUCAGCUUCGGUACGUCUUUGUACAAAAUUAUUGAAAUUGCAGCCACUUGGUCAGAGGCAAUGAAUAACUGUACAUGCUUUGGAGGAAAUUUAGCUGAAAUAGAAACAGAAGUUGAGAGCGUGUUUCUCACAAAUGAGUUAUUCACAAGAAACACUGGGGCAUUCGGAUACUGGUUGGGAGGUUACAACUUUAACAAUGACAGUGAUUUGGAAUGGAUGAGCAAACCAAAUGAAAGGAUGCUUUAUAAUAAUUUUGCUCCUAAUGAACCGAAUCAACCAGCCAGUGAAAGAUGUUUAAUGACAUAUACAAAUUUUAAUUUUGAAUGGAUAGAUGUUAAUUGUCACAUGAUAGCAGCAUACAUAUGUGAGUUUUGAAUCAGGAUGCAUAUGGAACAGGUGGUUAGUUUCACAUCGGCUGUGUGGGACAAAUUAAUUUUGAAAAGAUUUUGUUCAUAUAGAAAAUGUAUAUGAUUCUUCUCCAGUUUAUAUGAUGAUAUUAUAUGUCUUUAUAUUUAGCUAAAUCCCGUAUUUCUUGAAAUCUACUUUCUAUAUAUUUAUGAACUGUUCAUGUUGAAGCGUUUCGUUUGUAUGAUUUGUCUGCUAAUUUGCCCAACUUUGAUAUUCAAUAUUCAUCACAAAUUCCCUUUUGUUACAAAGACCUGUCUCCCCAAACCUCGAUAUAUCCCAAAUACACUGUUAAACAUAUUGUGUAUAGUGUCUUACAUUUUUGUCUAAUAAACAUUUGUUAAGUAUAACAUGCAUUAUUUCAGUGCGUGUUGAGUAGAUUGUAUCACUGCAUACCAUGUUACUCUUACUUGCAAAACAUGUCAAUGAAAGAUGUUAUUGUACUGAUUGAAAAAAUACAAUUAUCACUCACACAAGUUUCUCAAUCCACAAAAUACUAAAUUAAAUGAUAUACUGCUGAUAUAUUAUAAAGCUCUUCAAUAUGUCGUUUUUCCUAACUGUACAUCCCAAUUGGAAGCAUGACAAACAUUCUUUUAUGUGUAACAAUCAGCCAAUUGAAACAUGUUGUCAUGCGUCCAAAUCGAGAGUUUUUAUACAUGUACUGUAAUAUAGUUUUAUGUUGUGUUACCAACAAUGGUCUGAAAAGUCUUCUUUUGGUAUAUGAGGUCAGUUCAGACAUAAUUUCAUUCUUAUAAAUUGAGAUAAAACUUAUGUUUACCCGUUCGAUCUUCCAGUACAAAUACAGUAUACAUUCGAUACAUAUAUAGCCUUUUAGCUAUCUGGUCUUAAAUACUGUGCACUUUACAUCGUUAUAGCAUGAUACGUUAAUAUAUGUCAGAUUCCACAUACUAAAAUGGCAUCAGCGUGAGUUUGGCUUUUCGGGUAAAAACUAGAAACGAUUCUUUUGAGUCUUGACAAUUAUCAACUCAAAUAUCUUUUAUCAUCCAAUCGGACUCACAAGACAAAUGUUUUGAAUUUUUGAAAUAGUUGUCGGACAUGAUUACAAUGUAUACAUUAGAUUGUCAUCUGGUUGACGGAAUAACAUCUUUUCAUAGUGAUGCAGUUGUAAACGUUUUA